AUGACGUUGAGCAGUAUCUUGCGCUCCGCCAUAAAAUACAAACCCUCCUCCGCCGCCGCCAAACUCUUCUCCGCUUCCGUUUCAGGUGCUGCUUCUCCUCCUAUUCGAGAAAUCAAUGAUGCAGAAUCGUUGGGGAAGAAGAACAAGACAUGUGACUUACCAAGGCUCCCAGUUUUACCCCAUACUGCGAGGCCAUUGUCUCGGGAAAAAGGAAUGUGGCUUUUCUCCAUCCAAGUGGGUUACAUGGACAAAUGCGAAAGAUCCGAAACUCUCAAAGAAUGUAAUCAAAUGAUAAAAAGAUGCAUACAGAGGGCUGGGAUUGCUACUAAUGAAACAGGUUCCGCUACACAAAUGGAAGCGGCUUUGAUAAUAUUUAAGUCAAUGAAGGACUGGGGUUUGCCGCUUGAAGAGGAAACUUAUGGUCCAUUACUUGAAUAUCUUAUUGACAAGCAGAUGUUAGAUUAUUUUCACAAUUUCCUCGAGGUUAUUGAGAAUGAAAACCCUUCUUCAUGUUCAAGAAUAAGACACUAUCAGAAGUUGUUCUUGAGGAAACAGUAUGAUAAACUUGUUCAAGAGCAGUAUGAUGCCUUUGUGAGUUAUGAUGGAGAUCCCAAGUCACUUCUACCAGAGCCAACGGAGGAUAUUUUGUUGGUGCUUUGUGGAAGUGGCCAGACGAAGGAUUUUGUGCAGCUAUUAGAUAGUACGGACAUCACAAAGUUCUCAUCAGUAGAUGUUGCACGUGUCUCUAGAUGCUUUGAAAGGCUCCUAUUGGAGUCUACUGCAGAGAAGGUUCUUCUGGAAUUUAAAGCAUGUGACUGUGCAGCAGGGAAUACUUCAAUCUUGAUUUAUCGCUAUGUUCUUGGCAUUCCAAAUUUAACGGUUGAGGAUGUAAUGUCAAAAUUUAAAAACUUGCACAGAAAACUUGAGGUGACACCUUCGUCUGUGUCAUAUGAGAAGCUUAUCAUCUACUGUUGCGAUUCGCUUGAGGUGCAUGUGGCUCUUGAGCUGGUGGAUGAGAUGAUUGAACUGGGUAUGACAUGUUCGUUGGAGACAUUACACUCCAUUUUACAAGCUAGUACUGAGAAUUGUGACUUUAAUCUGGUUCUCCAAAUCCAUUCUGUGAUUAGCCGACGCAAUUUAAAACCAAAUAGCGAAACUUUCAGGAGGAUGAUAGAUCUAUGUGUGAGAGUGAAUGAUUAUAGCAUGCCGAGUGACUUGGAUCAAAUGCCCAUAGGUGCAAGGUACAAAAUUGUAAAGGCUGGAUAUUUCCGAGAGAAGAACAAGUCCCGUUGGUUAAAGGUUCUUAAAGAAAUGAAAGAAGCAGAUGUAAAACCAGAUGAUCGGAUUUUCAGCCUUCUAUUACACUAGGAAAAAGAGUACUUACCCUUGUUGCUAGCCGAGAAGGGCAUAUUCCAGUAGAGCUUAAAUGCGGUUUAAAGCGUGCUGGUCCAUUCCCUUUCUUCUUCAU